CCGGCAGUCGCACACUGAUUGCGUUCUCUGACAGCGGCUCAUGCGUAUGACGUCAUUGGCUGGGAGGUGACCGUUCUGCCGCUGACUGAAAGUGACGGAAAGCCCGGAUGUAAGCGGGAGACACCGAGCGAGCACCGGUAACCGGGGAGGGGGAUGACUACCCCUGCACUUCACCCCCCAGAAUAUGAGUUGUACGAUAGAGAAGGUCCUGGCAGAUGCAAAAUCGUUGGUGGAGAGAUUACGAGAACAUGACGGUGCCGCAGAAUCCCUUAUUGAGCAGACGACCGUGCUCAACAAACGCGUAGAAGCUAUGAAGCAGUACCAGGAGGAGAUCCUGGAACUGAACGAGGUGGCGAGACACCGGCCGCGGUCUACGCUGGUCUUGGGGAUCCAGCAGGAGAACCGGCAGAUCAGAGAACUGCAGCAGGAGAAUAAAGAGCUGCACACGUCUUUGGAAGAACACCAGUCUGCGCUGGAGCUGAUCAUGAGCAAGUACAGAGAGCAGAUGUUCCGCCUACUGAUGGCGAGCAAGAAAGACGACCCGGGGAUAAUUGUGAAACUGAAAGAGCAGCAUUCCAAGGAAUUACAAAGCCACAUUGAUAAAAUCACUGAGAUGACCGCGGUGAUGAAGCAGGCAGUUGAAAUGGAUGAGCAGCGCGGUAACCUGGAACACGACCGAAUCCUAAACCUUGAGCAAGAGAACAAGGGGUUACGGGAAAUCCUGCAGAUCACACGGGAAUCGUUCCUCAGUCUCAGAAAGGAGGACGCGCUGGACAACCAGUCUCUGUCCAUCUUGGUACACAGCGCUGAUCUCAGCCUACGGAAGAGCUGAGACUGCCCGCCACCAGGCUUACGUCCUCAGCGUUGGCGUGUACAGAACCAGAGACAAGCUAAAUAUACAGACUGACUCUUCUGCCCUCUACUGGUACACUGGAAAACUGACAUUUCAUCUAAUCAAAGAUCUCCAAAAAUUGUCCUUACUUUAGAUGCAACGUUGCAUGAAACCGGAGACUUUAUUUUACUACUAGCACAAGAUGGCGGCAUUUAUGUAUAGGGCAUUGUACAGUCGACACCUAUUUUUGCUUGGAAACUUGAAAAAUCCUAAAGUGCUAUUUUUUAAAGGAAAAGUAUCGGCAAGAAGAAUAGGAAGACUGAGAAAUAAUUUUCUUUAUGGCAUGGAAGGAAGUGUCAUGGAAGAGAAUAGAUGAUCAUUACAUUCCUUCAAAUAUCCGUACAGUUCUGUAUUUAACGGGAGGAAUCACUUAUUCACUUAUCACCUACGUGGCGUCGAGGCGGCCAUUUUGUUGGUUGACCCAACAUAUUUAUGACCAUGCAGCCCAUGUGUCUCGUGAAUUCAUAGGCUGCAUUUACCUGAAGAUUUCUUGGUUCAUACCCACAGAAUGGCUCCCCCUACUGUUGUAAGUGAUGGGUGCAAGUAAAGAUAUUUUAUUUAUGGUUGGUUCAGAGUGUCUGUAUGCAAUUUCUGUUGUUGCUGUUGUAUGUGACUGCGUCGGCGAUCGUGCUCAGAGAUACCACUAUUUUAGACGUUGAUGAAUCAUUGUGUAGUUAACACAUUAAACAUAUAUUUGGUUA